UUGAAUCCAUUUACCACUAUUAGACAAAGUUAUAAGUUGUUGUAGUUUAAAAAAAAUAACAAAAAUGGCGUAAUUUGUGAGAUGUCAGUUCAGUGAAAAUGUAAAAUAAAUAAAAAUGUUUAACCGCGUAAAACAUGUGAUUUUGUUUGUAUCCGUCCUAUUAAUAAGUUUUAAAACAUGUACCAGUGAUCUCCAAAUACCCUCGUUGACACUCUACAGUCCUGGGGCAGUGGAGUACAUAGAUGUACUUGUGAGACGGGUGCACGAUAACCUUACAUUGGUUUGUGCCACUCGUGGAGAUAGUACUGCAAGAGCCUAUGUGUGGAACUAUGUUGGGAAUAAUACUGGGGCCAGCACCUUCACAGUAUCGCCUUCCGGUCUGGCCAGCAGCAGUCAAUUGGAGAAGUAUGACCUUCAGCUGACAGACAGUGGUCACUACAUGUGCUCAUCGCCACCAUUUAGCAUCACUAAGUAUUUACUAGUGCAGAAGAGAGGCUCCCAAUGCGCCCGCGGAGCUUUCUCUUGCGGCGCUCGUUGCGUGCUGCCUCGGUACGUGUGUGACGGGAAACCGGACUGCGCACGCGGCGAAGACGAAGCGCUCGAUAUAUGCCCACCACUGCCUUGUCAGAGAAAUGAUCGCCUGAACUGCUCAACCGGCAGGUGCAUACCGGAAGCGGCGUGUUGUCACACGGCGGAUGUCCUUUGUCAGCAGGACAGUUGCUGUUCAGAGCAUCCCAGAUAUGCACGGCUUGAUGAAGGCGACGAAGUACUCGAAUAUACUCGCUCUGAAGACAGACACGCCACAGACGAUCUAACAUUCAUACAAUCCACUAUUUACACGGUCACAGCUUGCGCCCUGAUCUUCAUGAUAGCAGUGGUUCUGUUAGUAUCGGCACUGUGCAAGAUGCACAUGAAGAGAGCCGCUUUACGCGGUUAUGCGCACGCGCAUCGCGAUACGGCGCAUCACUACUCGGCUCGCUACCCUCCGCGUUACGAAUCUACGCGACUUUUAGAUCUACCCGCAUUAAGCCCUACGCGGCAGCAGACACAGGGUGAACCCGAAAGCGCGACUUCUACGCCCAUGUGCGAAGUCACGAAUCCAGUCAACUCUGGCUUCGCUCUUUCGCGGCUCGGCUCCAUGUUUUGUACGAGAUAUUCUCAGGUCCCGACUCAAGGCGACGUCGAAAUGACCGACGUGAGAUCCUCUUCACUCGACAACUCGCCGACGCGGAAUCCACCCUCGGACUAUCGCUCGCCGAUUCCGAGUUCCGAAUUAUAUUACACGAACCCGGAUCUCAGCAACUUAGGCCGAGACCUCAAUUACAUGGCGACGCCGAUAGAAUUCUUCAGACGACGCAAUCUACGUCGGAACACCUUAGACAGGGUCAUAGACCAGCUGACUCACGCCCCUCGGCCGCUGACGCUGCAGCUGGGAAGGUUUCAGCUCAGCAUACCGAGGUUCAACCGUCGCGAGCCCCGCCCGGACACGCCGGACAUCGCCGAAAUCGACAUAGACAAUCUGGAUUUCGUGCGUCUCAACUCGAACGACACGUACACUUUGAACGGCAGGACCAUUCGCUUGUUGGGGGCGGACUUCGAGAACUACCCGCAUCUGGAUGGGAAUCGACCCCCGCCGUACAACGAGGCGAUGAGAUACAAAAUAUAUGGACCUCCCCCGGAAUAUCUAAGUCGAGAGGGCAUCAAUAGGGAAAACGAGGCCACGAAUAACAUUGAAAUGCCGCCGUGCUACGACGACGUGGGUCAAAACGGUAAUCCCGGUCGCGUUACCGGUACUUCAACGAGUAAUUUUGCGUUCUGUAACGGUAAUAAUACAAACGGUAAUGAAUUAACCGCCGGUCACGUCCCGAGUACCGAAAACGAUUCAAACGGUAAUGUUACGAAUUCCCAAAUAGAAAAUAUAAAUAAUAAUAUUCCAGAAACGAUAAGUUCUGUUAUAGACAACUUGCCAGCCAUAGACAGUGAUUUUAAUGCUAACGAUAACGUGUACAACGAGACCGUUGUUGCCGAAUGAGGGUUCCGUUCUAGAGAUACAUUUAAAAUAGAGAAUAAAAAAUAAAUUCAAGUAUAAAUAAACGGAAUCCUGUGGAAUCAAAGGUUAAUAUUAAAAUAAUAGUGUAUACUAAAGCUCUCGGGGCAACAUAGAUAUAAAAUAAUUGUUACUUUCAAUAUCUGUUACGCGUUUUAGUUUUAAUAAAUGCUUGUAUAAACACGUUAAUCAAAUAAUAUAUAUUAAUUACGUGUUUUACUUUAACGCGUUGACAAAAUGUAACAAAUCUAUGGACCACUCUACUUCCUCACCUUAUUUGCCCACGUGAGUAGGCCCAUGUGCCACAUAUGUCUAUUGUGCCUUAGCUACCUACACAUUAGUUUUGCACAUAAAGUAGUAGAUUUCUAUAAUGUUUCAUCUAAGCAUAGUUUUGUAUUCUAUUUUUAUGUCAGUGAAUCGAGGCGGUUUACGCUCACGCCAAAAAGGCUGUUUUGACACGAACAAAUUUGAAGAGAGUUAAUAUUUCGUUGUCAUAAAUAGGCUUUUUGGUGCACUGACAAGUGUCAACUGUCAUAGACUAUAUUGAGCUUAAAAUGUACAAUAUAAAUGCCAAUUGAAUAUAGGACUUCUUGGAUUUUCAUGGAGCUCCUAGAUUUAAUUGACUCGUGUCACAUUGAAACUUAGGAUUAGAAGUCACCAGCUCACCUCGAAACACAUCAUUAGAAUUAAUUUUAAAGUCAUAUGUCAAUGUCUCUGUGAUCGUUAUCAACGAAUGUGUUUGUCUUGCCUCACACCUGCGUUUGCAAUUUCUGCUUCCCAAUAAAUCAUUUAUUUAGAAAAAUAAGUUCAUGUGUUAUCUGUUGCUAUGCUGCUGGAAGAGAGUCAGUCGUCAUAGCUUUAGACAAGAAUUAAUUUUGAAUGAUUCUAUUCUCAAAUAAAUAUUGCUUCUCGGUGAAAAAGAUCUGUAGUUAAUAUUCCAGCUGAUUAUGAUAAUUAGUUUUAUAUUUAUAGAUUGUUUGAAGAAUGUUUUGCCACUUUUAAGAGUACACAUAAUAAUAUUCAUUCACGAGAUGGCGAUGUGUACCUAAUCAAACUUCAACUGUAUAUGGAUAUUGUUACACAAAUCUUUGAAUUCGCUUUUAUUUGGGCUCUAUAUUCAACCAAUCGUAAUCGUUACGAGUAGAUUCUAAAGCUAUAUAUCUGCAUUCUAUAGAAAAAAACUGGUUUUCAUAAAAUUAUUUGUUUACAGUAAAUAUGUGGUUUGUUACUCCUUCUUACAAUACUCAUAUGUGUAUAUAAUCUUUAUAUAGUUGAGUCAAUUUUAAGUAAAAUUACUGAAAAUAAGUUUAGUAUCGCCGUUAUCAAAAUUACUUUUAACUGGUUUUAUGUUUUCUUUUAAUUUACUUAAAAUUGAUUCGACUUUACUUUAAGUUAAGCCAUUUUCGUGCAAAAAUGGCGGUUAGGUGAAUUACGAUUUUAAUAUAUCGCGGGUACGAUAAGUUAUAGGGUGUCCUGAAAAGUAUUAACAAACAAAACUGUUUACAGGGAAAGCCCUUUAAUUAUAUUUUAAUUGAACUGAUUUGGCAAAUUAUUUUUAAUUCAGACAAAUAUUUACUUAUUUUAAAUCAGAAUUGAAAAAAAUAACAUAAGGAUACCCUGUAUAAUAAAGGAAUAUGUUGAUUGCACUCUGAUAAUUAUACAUAUUAACAUAAAUUGGGGAUUUUGGUAGAAC